AUGGCCAAAGCUAAAGGAAAAGACAUCUAUAAGGCUGUGAAGAAAGCAGUUAAUAGAAUUGGAGGUUUCGAUAAAUGUUCUGAAAUAGCAACAGACGGGGCCCCAUCAAUGACAGGUAAAAAAACUGGAUUAGUGGGUCUGCUUCGAGAGAAUGGUGUUGCUUGUCCUGCAAUCCAUUGUAUUAUACAUCAGGGAGCUUUAUGUGGAAAAUCAGUCAAGCAAAAUCAAGUUUUUCAAACCGUGAGUAAGAUUAUAAAUAAGAUUAGAGGUGGAAAUCGAUCCCUUCUACACAGGAAACUUAGGCAGUUUUUAGUGGAAACAGAGGCUGAGUAUGGUGACAUGCUAAUGUGCAACCAUGAAUACGUUUCAUCGGACACAACUGAACUGGAAAGAAAGCUUAAAGAUCCAGAAUUCUUAAGACAGUUAGCUUUUUUAACAGAUCUGACUAAUCAUAUUAACAGUUUAUACUUGAGUCUUCAAGGAAGAAACCAGAGGGUUUCAGAUUUUAUCGGAAAAAUAAACGGAUUUCGGAAUAAGCUGAGCGUGUUUAAACAUAUUUUGGAAAAGAACAACCUGACAUGCUUGCCUAGCUGUCUGCAACUAGCAAAAGAAUUCAAUAGUGAGGAAAAUAUUGAGUUUCCAUGCUGCAGUUCACAAAUUCAACAAGUUAUUGAUGAAUUCAGUACAAGAUUUGAAGGAAUCGAAAGUCUCAAAAGCAGUUUACUCCUCUAUAAUAAUCCUUUUAGAGCAAUCAUUGAAGAUCAACCACCCGACUUACAAAUUGAUAUGUUCUUAAUCACCAUACAAGAAAAAUGA